UAGCGUCACCCGGCACUGGAAGGAGCUCUGAACGCGGCGAGUUCUACUCCCCGGUGAAGCUUCACUUCACCUGGUUCAGUAUCUUUCUCCGCUUCUCACCUUUGGACCGUAAACGGUUCCCUCGUAUCCGGAAGGCUUGGACUUUCGUCUGAAUCUCCCUGUUGACACACACAUGCUGGACCUGCCGCUCGACUUCAUCGCUGCGAGUGAAAACAACCCCGGCGGCGAGCGGCUGGAGACUUACAUGUGAAUUUUUGCGGCUGUUUUGGGAGUGUGUGGAAGCAGCUCCUGCAGCUGCCCGUCAAGGCAAGAUGAUGGAGGAGGUCUCCAUGAACAUGGCCCUCGAUGCCCGGGCUAUGGAACAGAUGAGUGAGGAGGAGAUCUUCGCCUGUCUGGAGGCCGAACAGGGACCUAAAUUCACAGUCCCAACAAAGAAAGCCAAACUGAAAGAAAGCCUGCUUCAGAUAAUGGAGGACAAGGAAGAAGAAGAAGACCCUGUGGACAAAUAUGUGAGGGAGAACCGUCGGCUCCAGCAGGUCAGUCACCGUCUGGAGCAGGAGAACGACAACCUGGCUCACCGACUGAUCAGCGGCAAAGUGGAGCUGAGGAGAUCUCUGGAUAAGGCAGAGGAAAAGGUGUUUGAACUAUCCAGGGACCUUCUGCAGAGCAGGAAACAGCUGCAGGCAACCGAAGAAGAGAAAAUAUUGAACGAGGAGGAAACUGCAAUGCUGAAGGAAGUGUUUCGGAGAGAGCUGGAGAAAGCCGAGCAGCGAGCCAACAGGUCAUCGGGGAUCGUCGAGGACUACAAACAGAUCUGCUCUCAGCUGACAGACCGCCUGGAGAGGCAGCAGGCCGCCCACAGAGAGGAGGUAGACUCUCUCAAGAGCACCACCAAGUCCUGCGCUCGCUGUCAACACGUUGUCGAUCCAGACAACGACUCCCCAGAAGAUCAAGAGAUGACCGGGAAAAGCGAGGAGGAGAGCAGCGCGGCGCCGGAACGGGGAGAUCAGAGGAGGGACGACCGGGAGAAGGAGUCCCUCAGGGCUCAGAUCAGGGAGCUGGAGCGGGAUCUGGCCCAGACCAAACUCCUGAUGGUGGAGGCCAAGUGCAAGAUCCAGGAGCUGGAGCACGAGAAGGGAAUCCUGGCCAGCGACCUGCAGGAGGCCAAGAACAGCUGGAUCAGCAAGGCCUUCACCUCCCUGCGCACCUCCAGCGGGGGGCUUUACAGCCUCGGCGUGCCGAAAGACGGCGCCCCCGCCGCCAGCUGGAACCUCCACGGCGCCGCCUUCUCCAAGAAGCUGUCCUGGCCUCACAGCCACCGUCGAAAGGCGUCUGAAAACGUGGACUCCUGACAUAAAUCUGGCCCAUCUAGUCCUGUCAGUGCUGGUUCCUGACAGCUCCACUAGGUGGCAGUACGGAGCACAUCCUGAACGCAGGGAAGUCCCAGAGAGAACAGACAGGUGAUGUCAAAUGGGACUUUUUCCUGCCUGAACACAACAGACUCCUUUUUCUUAAAAUGUGUAAAAUGUACAUUGUUUUGUUUUUGUAAAUAAAAUUAUUCACCUAA